GAGUGUGAGCGAGUUUUUAAUGUGCCAGUAUAGCAUAUCAUGGUUAUGAAUGCAGACCGCAUUGUGGAGAACCCCGGCUGCACAAGACUCAAAGCAAACAAAACAGCCUCAGCAAACGAUAUUAUCAGCGUUGACAGACGGAGCGGAGCGCGUAAAAAGAAAACAAUGUUCAAUAAAUGAGGCACGACUGCUGCCAGCCAAGAGAGCGGUAAAACAAUAAAAAACAAAAGCGAACAAAAAAUAACGUGCAACUGAUAAGCAAUUUGAAGGUAGACAAAGCAACAAUAUUUAACUUGAUCACCUGGAGGCGAAUCAUUUGAGUUUCACACCUAGCGCGUUGCACGAAUCUGUCAAGCGGAGGCAACAGAGUCUCUGUGCGUAUUUGUGUGUGCUUGUGUGUGCCACCUGUCGUCAUGUUGACACACACAACGCUGCUUAUCAAGCGCAGCAGCCAGUUGCUGCCGCUGCUGCUGCUGCUGCUGUUGGCGGCAUUGCGCUGCGAUGGCGCCACGGUCACCUGGGGGCAGGUGAACAAAUACGCCAGCACGCUGCAUGCACAAGAUGUUUACCUCGCGGAUGCGAAUGUGAAUGUCACGGAUGUUGUAUAUGGCACACAGAACUCCAAAGCUGUCGAUGCCUAUACGAUUACGGCGGUGCACGCCUACGAUAUGACGCCGCCCGACGGCGAUGGCGGGCGGGCGCAGCUGCUGGACGGCGGUGUGGGCCAACAGUUUGCCACGGUGCGUUUCCAGCGGCACAGAACGGUGCCCGUGUUGCACUAUCAAUUGGUCAUUUACGGUGUCGAAUUGUGAACGGCUGGCAGGUGACAGAUGACAGGUGACAGCUCGCACGCACUGGCGCUCUGCUGAUGUGUUUUUGCUAACCAUUUAUGUUUUGUUUUUUUUUUGAGUCUCACAACUUAAUUAACUUCUAAUUAAAGUUUGAAUUCGGCUUCCUGCUCGGCGGCAACAGCGACAGACGGUAGCUAACUAAAUUAUAAUAUUGUCAUAAUUAAGAGCAUGAGUUGCGCUUAUUAAGUUGAAAAAUGUGAAAAUUGCAUUAUAAGUUACACACAAACACACGCACGCACACACACACGGGCAGAAUACACGUCGGAAUUUAACAUUGUGCGACAUCUUGACAGAAGCCGCGGAUGCUGCUGUUGCAGCUGCUCGUAAUGAGAUGCAAAUGCGCCCACUCCCACCCACACACCCUUACCCACAAAAGCACACUCACACACACACCCUCACCCUCACACACACACAGCCGCUUAGCGGUUUGGUUUGCAGUCGUAAGUCGCUUUAAGCGCCCGAUAAAUGCAGCUUAAUGCGAAAACUACCUCCCGCCCCUCCAAGCCGCAUACAGCGCCCGCCCCACUUAAAGUACAAUUUGCACGUAAGAGGCUUUAGGCCGAUUAAGAAAUAAUAUAUCUACAUAUAGUUGUGAGCAAUCGCAUCAUUCAAGAGCUCAUUUUGCGCUUUGCCUUUACCUGUUCGACUUUAAGCAGCGACUUGUGGGCGUUUCUGGGCAAUUUCCAUCCGCCGAAUGGCUGUUUUUAUGCCUACGACUUAAUUAAGUAUUCAUAUAUAUCAUUAGUGACUGUGACUAGUAAAUCUAUAUGCAUUCAAUUAAUCCACUUUUACGUAAAACUUAAGCCCGAAUAGAUAUUAAUUGAAUGACUCACACGAGAGAUAGUUUAUGCACGGUAAUCAUAACAAAACAAUUGCGUUUUCUAUAGAAAAUAAUUAAUUACUUGAUCAGAGUUUCAUUAAUAGAUAAGCAAAACUACCUUAUUAUCUGAUUGGAAUAUACAAAUAUUGUUUUGUUAAUAUUGCCUUUGGCCUUUAAACAGCAUAUUAGGGUUGCAAGCUACGAUAAAUUUAUCGAUAACAAUCGUUUUUUCAGCACGAUAAGUAUGCAAACUUUUAUUAUACAACAGUUAUUUAGUUUGAUUGAUGAUUAACAUAUUAUUUAUUAUCAAAAGAAAAAUCCUGAAUUCUUGCGAUUCAAUAUUGAGUUUAGUUAAGCGAUAAUAAUUGGGCCUGACUAUGAUUAAUUU